AUGUCAUGCAACUCGGCCGAUAAAUCAUCAGGUGUUUUUUACUCUGAUGAGGUGUUAAAUUUCAACUCCGGUGUAAUAUUGAUCGAUGCAGUUUUAGUCACUUUGAUGUCUCGUAUCAUUCGCUUUCUUCUCAGGCCUUUCAAACAGCCCAAAGUUGUCUCAGAGAUUAUUGGUGGCAUAAUCAUCGGUCCAUCCGUCCUAAGCAUCAACAAGAAGUUUAGUGGGACUUUCUUUCCAGAAAAUGCCAAGUAUGUGAUUAAGAAUAUCGGACUUCUGGGCUUUAUGUACUUCCUUUUCGUUGUUGGUGUUAAGAUGGACCUCUCUAUGGUCAGAAUUUCGAGAAGGAAACAUAGAAUCGUAACUGUGGUUGGAAUGAUCGUUCCCCUUAUUUUAGCCACUAUCGUUGGAAACAUCAUUAGACCGUCGAUGGAUCAAGAACUUGCCAAAUCUUCUUCAAUUGGAGGAGUUGUUUCAGCAAUGAGUGUAACAGGUUUUGUUGUGAUUUAUCCUAUUCUUCAGGAAUUAAACCUGCUGAGCUCUGAGGUUGGACAGAUAGCCCUGUCUGUCUCAAUAAUAACGGAUGCAGUUGCGACUAUCUUGCUGAUCAUAGUUGAGACCAUGAGACAAGCAGAUCUUAGUGUCAGGUCUGCUGCGUGGUAUAUAAUUUCCGUGGCAAUUUUCAUGUUUUUCAGUAUUACCGGCAUUGGGCGAGUAACAAUAUGGAUUGUAGAAAAAACCCCUGAAGGGCAGCCUGUUGAGCAAGCCUAUGUGGUUCUCUUUUUGUUAGGGGCUCUGGUGAUGGGUUUUCUUUCAGAUAUGUUGGGAUUGGGCAUUGCUGCUGGUUCCCUGUGGCUGGGGCUAAUGAUACCAGAUGGUCCCCCACUCGGAUCAGCCAUUGUGGACAAGUGCGAGACAUUUAUAAUGGACUUCUUCAUGCCUCUUUCAUACGUUUACAUCGGAAUGUUCGUGGAUGUGUUUGAAAUGGCAAGUGUUCCCCGGUCUAGUUUGAUGCCACUUUUCACCUUGGCUGUGUCAGGAAUUGUGUUUAAACUUCUCGCAACUCUAUUGACUUCUCUCCUAGUUAAAAUUCCAUCUAGAGACGCUCUCACUCUCGCCCUCAUUCUGAAUUUGAGAGGUCAGCAGGAGUUCAUGUUAAUCAUGCAUUGGAUGGACAAAAUGGUUAUCAAGACCCCUUCUUUCACAAUGAUGGUGCUAUUGACAACAGCAGUGACAGCAAUGUCCACUCCUCUCAUCAGUUUUCUCUACGAUCCAACUAAGCCAUUUAUGGUGAACGCGAGGAGAACCAUCCAACACACCCCUCCGCGUGAAAAACUUAAAAUAGUAGCUUGUUUCAACAACCAAGAUAGUUUGCCCAGCCUCAUCGAUCUUUUCGAAUUCUCUUGUCCAUCUCAAAUGAACCCAUUGUCAAUCUAUGCUCUCCACCUCAUUGAGCUCAAUGGCCGAGCGGCCCCUGUGUUUAUAGACCACCAGAAACAGAAAAUGCCUUCCAAGUAUGGAGGCUAUAAUUCCACAUAUAAUGCCAUAAAACUCUAUAAAGAAACCAGAAGUGACGUCAUAGACUUCCAUUCCUUCGCGGCAGUGGUUCCAAAGCAAACGAUGUAUCAAGACAUCUGCAAAUUGGCAACAAAUAAAGAAGUUGGUCUCAUCAUUUUACCUUUCCACAAGGAAUUGAUGGAUACUGUAACAGUCACUGAACUCAACAAUCAACGAACGCCAUCUGUAAUAUCAAAUGUGUUGGACCAUGCUCCAUGCUCCGUCGGAAUUCUUGUUCACAGGGGUCACUUCUUGAACCCCAUUUUUGAUCAAUCCUACAGCUCCCCCCGCCAUUUUCUUGUGCUAUUUUUAGGAGGUGCAGAUGCUCGAGAGGCACUUUGUUUUGCCGAUAGAAUGGUAAAGAGUCCGAAUGUGUCCCUUACGGUGAUUAGGUUCCUUUCUUAUGUUUGCGGUGAAGAAUAUGAGCAAGAGAAGAAGCUCGACGAUGGGCUUAUCACAUUGUUUUGGGCACGACAUCAAAGAGAUACAUUAGUGACUUAUAGAGAGGUGGUAGUGAAGAAUGGAGAAGAAACGUUGGCUACAGUUCAGGCAUUUGGUAAUAAUGCGCAUUUUGACCUACGGAUUUUAGGAAGGAAUAAAGGGAUUAAUCCAGUUCUCCUUGAAGGAUUAUCAAAUUGGAGUGAACAUCAUGAAUUGGGAGUGAUAGGUGAUUAUAUCUCUUCCAUGGAUUUUGAUGGUACAACCUCUGUGUUAGUGGUGCAACAACAAAUUUUGAGGGGGUAA